CCGCCGUUGCAACUCUCGCGAGAGCGCGCGGGAGCUCUCGCGAGAUCGGCCACGCAACGGUCGCCGAGAUGGCGAUGGCGGAGCGAAGGAAGCAGCGCAAGCAGCAGGCGAGCGGCGAGGACAACAAGGAGGAGACGGCUGUUGCCAAGUACCUUCGCUUUAACUGCCCCACCAAGUCCACCAACAUGAUGGGCCACUCAGUGGACUACUUUGUGGCUUCCAAGGCAGUGGAAACGCUCCUGGAGUCGAACUGGGCCACAGGGAAGAAGGGGACAGAGAUCCUGUUCACCACACGAGAGUCCGUGGUCGCCUAUUGCAACCGGCUGCUGCAGAAGCAGUACUUCCACCGUGCGCUCAAGGUGAUCAAGAAGCGGCCGGACAGGGAGGGCAAGCGCGAGAAGCCGGAGCCGCCCAAGGAGGAGGAGAAGAAGGGCAAGAGGGAGAAGGAGAGGAAGAAGGACGGUGACAAGAGAGACAAAGAGGGAGACGCCAAGAGGGACGCUCGCAAGGAGGAUGAGCCGGGCAGCCCAAAGAAGAAGAAAGAUGCAAAGAGGAGGAUGAAACUUGAGCCCCACGACAAGCAAAUCUUCAUCGACGGCAACGAGGUUUUCGUGUGGAUCUACGACCCCGUUCACCCCAAGACGUUCAUCAUGGGGCUCAUCUUGGUGAUUGCGGUGAUUGCGGCGACGCUGUUCCCGCUGUGGCCGGCCGAGAUGCGUGUGGGCGUGUACUACCUGAGCGUGGCGGCCGGCUGCUUCAUCGGAGGCAUCCUCUUCCUGGCCGUCGCGCGCUGCAUCCUCUUCAUGCUCAUCUGGCUGCUGACGGGCGGCCGCCACCACUUCUGGCUGCUGCCCAACCUCACCGCCGACGUGGGCUUCCUCGACUCGUUCCGUCCGCUCUACACGCACGAGCGGCAGACCGGGACCGCCGGAGCCGCCGGCGCCGCCGCCACCGACGCCGCCGUCGCCGCGUCGUCUUCAAUGCCGCCGGAAUCGGCGGCGGCGGCGGCCAAAUCCGACGCCGGCAAACGCGGCUCGAAGAGCGGAACGACGGGGGAGGCCUGCGCCGAGGCCGUCGUGCCCAAGACCCUGGGGCCGUCCAACGGCACGGACAGCGACGACGACGACGGCGACGGAGGCGGGCCGGCCAAGGCUGACAAUGACGACGACUACGAGGAGGAUGAGGAGGAAGAGGAGGAAGAGGAGGAGGAGGAUGACGAGGCGAGCGGGAAGAGAGGGACCGACGAAGGCAGCGACCAGAGCAACGGCAAUGACUUUGAGGUGAUCUCGCAGGAGGAGAUCGACGGGGGCUCUCACGGUGACGUUAACGACGACGGCGACAACGGCGGCGCUGACGACGGCGACGGCGGCGACGACGGCGACAGCGGGAGAAAGCGGAAGGAGGAGGCGGCCGACGAGGCAGGGGCCAGCGCGUCGUCGCAUCCCUGAGAUGGAACGGCCGCCGCCGCCGCCGCCUCCGAACUUUCUCUCCGUUGACUGCGGCCGCGUCGUCGCUCCCACACCCGCACCUCUUCGCCGUCUCUCCUCCUCGUCGUUUCUCCUCAUACAAUCUUGAGUUCCGCCAAACGGUCAUCGCUCCUCGGGUGCGCACGAUUUCCGAGUCGCGAUCAUUCCACCGCCACGCCCCAGCCCCCCCACCACCACCGGGGUGGUGGGGGGGGUUCUUGUCCCCGUGGUCGCGCUGUUCACGCAACUUCCCACCCGACGUUUUGCUUCUCGUGCCGGGCGGGGGCGGAGUGUGGCGGUGAUCCGCCUCCCGCCGCUGAAGAAGCUUCCGGCGGCACGUGGAGCAAAACGUCGGACGUCGUGACUCGCGGCGGAGAGCGGCUACCACCUCCCCCUCUUCCCUCCCACGCCCUCCCCCCCACCUCAGCCCCUCUCCACUGUCUCGUCCCUCACCUGCUCAGCUUCUCGGCAUCUCUCUCCGUCUCGCGCCCCUCCCAUUUCAUUUCCUCUCUCUUCCUGACCCCGCUGCUCCUCUUCUGUGGAGGUGGGUAGCGUGUGUGUUUGCGCGUGUGUGCGCGUGCGUGUGUGACGCGCCUGAUCCAGUGUUAAUUGCCACGCCGCUUUGCGUUGCGUUAGAUUGCUUGAGGGCGGUAGCGUUAGUGCGGUCGCACUGUAGCCAGGGCUUGAACUCCUUGCUGAGUGUUUUGCUGGUCGCCGGUAGACUGGAGUACGUGGCACGUGUCUCACGAGUGCUCAGAGCGACAGAGAUGCGACACUGUGCAAGUGCUGUGUCCCAGUUGCGGAUAUACAGGGUCAAUCCAGUUAUAGAUACCCCGCCAAUUUCCACUCUCUCUCUCUCUAAGCCUCCCGUCAACAUAGGUGAAUGUUGUGGAGGCGAUGAUGGCUCCAUUAUCUCGCAGAGGGGUCGAACGUUGGUACGCAAAUUUAUUGAGUAUUGGUGGCGGACAGGUAAGAAAGGGGCUCCAAAAUAAAGUGUCGUUUACAUCGUCGCCCCCAUUCUGCCAAACAGAACACUGUGUUGCCCACUUGCAGGCCUCGACUUGUGCUGCACAGGGACAGCUGCCACUGGGGGUGGGGGAUCCCCUAGGCCAGAAAAUAGAGAAAAUAAACGACAGCUGACGAUUGAGAUGUGGAUGCAAGAUGUGCUCUGAGAUGCCGAGUCAAUGUUUAGCAACCGGUGGAAUGGAAAUCCUUCCAACAUUGCCUCGCCAUCAAGCCGUCAUCAAUCCACUGCGGGAUGAAGGUCGUGCCAAGCCACUGCCUCCCAUCCCCUUCUCCUCUCCCCCUCUCACCAUCUUAGGAUACGGCAGUCCAUCCCAGCCACCUGCACAAUCCAUUAGUUUGCAGAUUCCUCGAGGUUAGCAGCAGCAGGUGUCUGUAAACGGAUCGCCCGUUGUGCGUGUUUCACUAAUCCCGUACCAGAAAAAUAAGCAAGAAAUGCACCCCUGUCUGUAAUUGACCUCCGGUGGUCAUAAGAGGAAGGUGAAGUCACGGUCAUUUCAUAGACGAUGUUAGCGCACAAAGAAGAGCGAUGACAGGAGGAGGAGGGGAUGGUGAGCAGUGAAACCAACACGUGGCAGGCUCCGGCCUCCUGCCACCAGGUCGCCCCCGACCUGGUGGCUGGAGGCGGUCUCGCAAGCUAAGCAGAGCCCGAGCCUGGUUAAGCACGUGCACGGGAACGCCCCAUCUUGAGCCACAAGGGUGGCCGCAAAGGGAAAUGGCGCUUGUGAGUGUCAAUCCCUCGCGUGUGUGGGGUUUUCUCCCGGGUGCUCCCCCAGAGUCUCGAGACUCGGGGGUUGAGGUUCUGCAGAGGCGCAGCCCUGCAGUCUGCUGGCUCCCGCCCCGCUGGUGUUGGAAUGGCCUCCCUGGAACGGGGGAGAGCCCGAGAGAGGAGGGUGCAGUAUUCGUUCUAUACACCUCCGCUGCUGAGCAGUUGUGUUGGAAGAGGUGGGGCGUACACGCACCGCCCAUUGGCCGCGGUGAGAUGAAGCCAUUUAAACUGCCGCGCCGGGAGAUGCGCCCCAACUGGCACCCCCUCCUCUGGGUUGAAAGUCCGGUGCGCUGGACAUUGCAGCAAGCGGGCACGCUUGCUCUUGUCAUGGCUUUAGCUCUUGAGAGUUUGUUGAGUCACGGGGAGUGUCUCCACAUUGGAGGAGCAGGAGUGUGGGACGGGGGAAUCGAACCGAGCCGAGAGAUCCUCGAGGGCCGUUCCGUGUUCACCGUCUCGCUUUGCCACCGCGCCCAUCUCCGCCUGAGUGCAGCGAGCAACCCUCUGCCGUUUUGGAAGUGUGCAAGGCUAAAGUAAUAUUGUCACAUAGAUACGAUUAAAAAAACAUUUUAAAUGUCCGUGUCUGUUCUAUGGUAACAUUAUUAACUGUGCAAGUAUCAAGUUGGAAUUAAAAACACUUCUUAACCGCU